GAGCAUUUUUCAGUUGUUUGUCGCGCUUCGACUCCAGCAGAGCAGCCGAGUAUAUUUGAUUACCACGUAGAGAUCCCUUCAGAAAGUGAGAUAGCGUAAGAUGGAUUUAUACUAUAGACCCGGAUCUGCUCCAUGCCGCUCUGUUCUGAUGACAGCCAAGGCACUGGGUGUGGAGUUCGAUAAGAAGACCAUUAUCAACACCCGAGCUGGGGAGCAAUUCACGCCGGAAUACCUAAAGAUUAAUCCGCAGCACACGAUCCCCACGCUGCACGACCAUGGAUUCGCUCUGUGGGAGUCGCGGGCGAUUAUGGUCUAUCUGGUGGAGAAGUACGGCAAGGACGACAAGCUCUUCCCCCAGGAUGUGCAAAAGCAGGCGUUGAUCAAUCAGCGUCUGUACUUCGACAUGGGUACGCUGUACAAAAGCUUCUCCGAGUACUAUUAUCCGCAGAUUUUCCUAAAGAAGCCCGCCAAUGAGGAGAGCUACAAGAAGAUCGAGGUGGCCUUCGAGUUCCUAAACACUUUCCUGGAGGGGCAGACCUACAGCGCCGGAGAGGAUUAUAGCCUGGCGGAUAUUGCCUUCCUGGCCAGCGUUUCCACUUUCGAUGUGGCUGGCUUCGAUUUCAAGCGGUAUGCCAAUGUGGCACGUUGGUACGAGCAUGCCAAGAAACUGACUCCCGGUUGGGAGGACAACUGGGCUGGUUGCCAGGAGUUCCGCAAAUACUUCGAUAACUGAAUAUUUAAACCCGAAAUACUAAUAUAGCUAUUAAGAAAAAACUAUUUAUUUAAAGAUUAAGACUGGGCUGGGUUUAAUCGUUUCAAUAGUUAAAUAAAAAACAUUCAAUUUUAAAGUUUAA